GACAUUUUUGAAAGUAUCGCUACACUGCUUGAUGGCAUCAUCGACAGGUUCGCACAUUGUUCCUUUUUUUCCAGCUGUUGAUUGUUAAGUCUAAUGACUGGGAAAGAAUCGAAAGGAUUCGCCCUGUUUCAAAUCAACAGCCAAGAUGUAUGGGAUGCAGAUGAUCGUGAAUAUCAAAAUAUAAUUUCCCCGAAGGUUAUACAGAAAACUGCAGAGAAAGUUUUGGAGUUGCACAGGAGAGAGUCAGCAAUUGGUGGCAGGAGAGAUGAGGAUUUUAGGAAUAUUGAAUCAUUAGAAGUGAAAAAUACCCUCGUACUUCCAUUCGACAAAUUUCCAAAACAUGCUCCGGGCAUGGGUGUGAGAUUGAGAGCAAGUCCUGAUGAUUUUCCAGUUGCCCAACAGAAAUUGUUGGAUCAAGGUCGAACCCAACGUUUCAAAGCGUGUAUCAACUCUAGUAUAACAGAUUUAGCUACAUUACGUCAACUUUCGUGGUCAGGGAUUCCAGAAGAUAUCCGUCCAACAGUAUGGAAGCUGUUAUGUGAUUAUCUUCCAACCAGUUCUGACCGUCGUGUUACUGUAUUAUCGGAUAAGCGAAAACAAUAUUCACUUUUUGUCAGUCAAUAUUUUCAUUUACGUGAAAAUCCUAAACACAAACCAAUGUUCCACCAAAUCCAGAAAGAUUUAACCAGAAUGACAUUACUCUAUAGAAGGCCAGAAAUGGUUGCGAUGUUUGAAAGGAUUCUAUUUGUUUGGUCAAUGCGACAUCCAGGAAGUGGUUAUGUUCAAGGCAUUAAUGAUUUGUUAACUCCAUUCUUUAUUGUAUUUUUGUCAGAAUAUACACAUGUUGAUAUAAUGCCUAAUUUAAUUGAUGGAAAACCAGACUUGAAUACAUCAGGUGAAUUAAGCCUUAAAUCGGAUAUUAGUAGUGAACAAUUGAGUUCAGUUGAAGCUGAUGUUUUUUGGUGUACAUCAUAUUUAUUAGAUACAAUACAGGAUAAUUAUACAUUUGCUCAACCUGGCCUACAGAAUAAUGUUAAAAUGUUAGCUAGCUUAAUUGAACGUGUUGAUACUAAAUUGUAUCAACAUUUUAUUCAAAAUGAUGUAGAAUUUUUACAAUUCGCCUUUAGAUGGAUGAAUAAUUUAUUGAUACGUGAAUUACCUUUACGAUGUAUUAUACGCCUAUGGGAUACUUAUAUGUCAGAAAAUAGUGGAUUCUCCACCUUCCAUGUAUAUGUAUGUGCAGCGUUUCUACUUCAAUUUUCAAAUGAUCUUUGUCGAGAACGUGAUUUUCAAGGGAUUAUGGUAUUAUUACAACAUUUACCAACAUUUCAUUGGACUGAUGAAAAUAUUAAUUUAAUUCUAGCUGAGGCGUUUCGUUUACAUUCAUUAUUCAAUUCAGCAAUGCAUCAUUUAGACUUCAGACGUCAUUCUGAUUUGGAUUAGUAUUCUAUCUUCGUGUUUCUCUCUCUCUCUGUGUGUGUGUGUGUGUUUGUUGUUAUUCCCUUUUCUGUAGACUGUAUGUUCAGAUUAAUGCUGAAAAUUGUUCGUCUAAAUUGCUUGUAUGUAAAUUGAAAGUCUUCCUACUCUCUCUCUCUCUGUAUUUUUCCCCAUUCCUUCAGAUAUUGUUACUCACAUUAUUGACUGGCUUUUUGCCUCUUUUAACUGCUCAAUUGUGAAUUAUAGAGUUUAGUUGUUAGAUAUUAUUGUUUAUCUCCCGAUAGAUUUCUACCUUCAAUCUUCCAAUAGUAAUUAUUACCUUUUAUCCCAAUUUUGUAGUGUAUCAAUUAUCCUCAAUGAAAUUAUUUUCCACCUAAUUUGCCUAUUUUGAUUUAUAUUCGAGUUUAGGUGUGUAUUGGUGUUGUUGAGAUCUGUGUGACAAUGAUAACCCUAUGUUAUAUGUAUGUGUUUCUAUGUAUGUAUAAACAAUAUGCGUUGUUUAUCAUUUACAUACCUACUCGAGAUGUAAUUUUGUCUCUUCUAGGGUUUUCUAUUCAUUUCCUCUUCUUUUUCAAUCGUUUUGUUUGGUUAUAUCAUGGUGUAAUUAUUAUCACUGGGUUUUCUUGUAAACAAUCUAUGUGUCUUUCAAAAUUACUAAUUAUGUUGUAGUUUAGUGUGUGUACCCUUACGCGCACAUGUAUACCCAUGUCUGUGGUUACUUUAAGGCAUAUAACCAUUUACUAAGACUAAUCUCAUAGAGAGAUAGAAGUAUUUUGUACAUUUAUGUAUGUGCAUACAAAUAUUUCUUUUAUUACACAGUCUAUAUCUAUUCAAUGAUCAGUAUUUCAAUACUUUUCCACAGAUUUUUAUUGAAGUAUCUUUAAUUGUAUUGCUUUCAAAAAUUUCUGCUGAACACUGGUACAUAUUUAUGUAUCUGCAUGCAUGUUAUCAUAAUCAUUAUGAAUAGUGUUAUUGUAAUCAGAAAUACUGUGGACGGUGUUGCUUACUACCUAGAUUAGAUUGUUUGGUUUGGUAUCUUCUGGACCCCGAGUGGAGUGAUACCUUUUAGAACAUAAUUAUUACUGGAGUAAAUUUUUUUGCUUUGAAUAUUCUUUCAGUUAUGUGGGAAUUGUAUAACUAGCGCUUUUUUUUUCACUUGUUUGUAUUUCAGGAAUCUUCAUCAGCCGCACAUAUAGUCUUAAAUUACAAUGGUUAUGAGAACAGAAUUACACACACACACACACACACACAUACAUGCUAUAACUAUAGAAUAAAACAGUCAUGUAAUGUAAAGUUGGGUAAUGCAAAGUAUUAAGAAAACAGAAAGCAUCAUGAAUUGUACAUCAGAGUGAUAGUUAAUUAGAG